AUGAGAAUAAUAGAAUAUAUCAACUUCUACUUGGGGGUCUUGCUUUUGGCGACAACUGUCAUCCUGCAAGCUGCCUCAGAAACAACCAUUCAACAAGAAGAACGGCAAUUGGCAAUUGGUGAUUUUGCAGACUUUAACAGAAUCCUGGACGGUGCUGUACUUCGGAUACCUGACACUGCACUACGAAGCGAUGGGGUAACUCUUCGGUUGUCAAACGUUCGGUGCUUGGACCUUUCAAUAGGGGACGUGAACUUAUGGUCAAGACAAACUUCAUUUCAGACAGUUGAGAUGAACCUUCGAGUGAUAGAUUUGGGUAUGAUCUGCCGAGCCAGAUAUUCUUUUUCUUGGGGAUUUAUUAGCGGAAGUGGCGAGGCAGAAAUCUUGAGUGUCGGGAAUGAUGCCACCAUUCAAGGCCUGGUGAAAUCUGCAAACUACUUGAGCAUUCCGCCAGAAGACGUCAUCAUCAACACUUGCAAUCCGACCAUAUGGAUCAACCGAGUUAGCUUUAGUGGAGGCAUUCUAAGCUGGAUCUUGAAUGUGGUGGAGCGUCUCUUUCGAGAUUUCAUUGCUGCACAGGCUGAAAUACAAGUAUGCGCUCAACUGAGUGGAGUACUGAAAGAUACGGAGAACGCCUUGGCCUUUGCCAAAGAUGCUCUUGACGAGUACAAGCCUUGGGAAGAAGACAAUCCUUGGGAUCCACUAGCAUUGGAAAACCAAUUAUGGCUGCUUUCGCUUCCACCAGAUCUGAAACUGCUAGACUUCCGGGAUCCAGACAUCAAAUAUGCGGCCAUGUUGGAAUCUUAUGUGAACCAAGCAGUCGACUUUUUGAGUGCCCCUGCGGUUGAUCCGAUCACUGGUCGCGGUGAUAUGCAAGCCAAUAUUCUGAUUCGAUCCAACUUACUUGAGGAUGGUGCUCUGAUGAUCGAAAGCUCUGACUUCGCUUCUGCCGCUUCUAAUAUCUACGAAGGCCACAAUGAUAUCCUCAAGACCAGUGUUCGGUUUGACAGUGUGAAACUGGUCGGCCUCGACACGUUGUCAACAUUCAAUCCGCUGGAUAAUAUUGGCAAAUACACUCACCAAAACAAGUUGUCGUGGGACUAUUUGGCAUUCGAGAUCAAGGCUACAAUUCAAAUGUCGCCGUCAACUUUGAGCAGCUCCAUCAUUGAAACUCCAAGUAAUACCGUUGUUACAGAACAAGUGGAGAUCUUUUUUGGUAUUGAUGAUUUGGUCGCAGAGCUGUCGAUGAUAUCUCUGUUCGAUCAAGACUUGGUGGAAAGUCUGACCCUGUCUUCAUUUCUGAAAAAGGACAAUGCUGUGCCCUGCUUCCUAUCCACAAUUGCUCAUGCUGAUUUCACAUCCUUGUUUGCCGAAGUAGGUGACAUCUUGACACCAACACUGACAGGAUUCGUUUCUACUGGAUUUGACCGGGUGAUUUCCAAUGGGCUUGAUGCAGCCUCUUUGAUGUAUGAGAAGAUUGUUCUGAAUGCCGCCCCGAGAUACUUUCAAGAAGUCAUACGACCUCUGUUUGCUGACACUUUGCUGAAGAGUCAACUUGAGAAAGACAAUAUCUGCCCAUCCUUUGUAUGGACGGGUGAUGAUUCGGAGCUAGUCGACUUUCGAGAUCUUCUAUACCUGCCUCUCGAUGCGAUGCUUUUGGGCGGAACUGGUCAAGCACCCUACGGUGAUCUAUUCUCCGGCCUCAUCAUGCCGUAUUUGCGUGAAAAUGUGUUUGAAGGUAGUCUCUUCAAUGAUGGAUACGUGCGACCGCUUACCAAGGCUCAGUCUGGAACAGAAGGGCAAUUGUCUUUCACCGGUGAUAUCAUCCGCCAUGAGGACGGAAAGACCGAACUUUUCGAUUCGAUGACAUUGGUGAUUUCUGAUGCGAAGCUGCAUAAUUUGGAUACAGUGGUUGGCCCGAUGGACUUGCUCAUGCCUCAAGAUGCAAAUGCGCUUGCUAACAAAGUAUCUUUGGGUGGGGGCGCAAGACACUUGAGGGCGUCCACGCAGUUCUCUUUGGAUAUCACUGGGAAAAAAGGCCCCUUGAACAUGCAAAACGUUCUGGACUUGAGCAUAGCGAUUCCUUCCUCGUCUCUUUCUCUUGAUGUGCUCGCACGUCUGAAGGCUGGUGCAAUGCUCAACUUUCCAAUUGUGGACAUUACAAACUACCACUGUUGGCUCGCAGCAAUGGAUGAUUCGGUCGCUGGAAGCUUAGGGUUGUUGAGUCUCUCGCUUGAUGCUCCAGCCAUCAAAUUUGAUGCGACCUGUAUUUCAUGUACAAGUCCUGGUUUGCAGUACAUCCCAGAGAUUCUGCAAGAGCUUGAAACCGCAGGUUUCAAUAACAUGUACAACGAAAAGAUUAUCUCGAUUCUUGUUGGAUUGAUGACGGACUACGCCAAGAGUGUCAACUUUGAUGAAAUGAUGGUCACCGCACCAUUGCAUUGCCCACACAAUGAGAAAUAUGAUGGAUCUGGAGAUGUGCCACCAUUUGACUUUCCCGAAAUUCCUUCGCUUCGCACUGAUUCCGCAGAGACUGUUCUCGCCAUCGGAGUAAUAGCCUUUCAAUCAGCCACAAUCAUUGCGGCAAAGAAUGAGCUUCUAUUGGCAGGAACUUCGAACGCCACAGAAGAAGAAGACUUGGAAGUUGACCUGCCCCCCAAUUCCCGAAUCCUAAACCUGACUACGCUUGAUGAGGAUCUCGGUGGAUGGGCAGAUGUGGUACUUGACGAACUUCGACUGUAUCUAUCAAGCACUUCAAAAGACCUUUUAGGACUUGAUCUAGAAGUCAACAACUUGCUUCGGGAACAAGUAUUGGAUGAAGAAGGAGCCUUUGCCAUCAAAUUUGAAGACAUGCAAUUUGAGGCGAUGGAUUAUUCCAUCUCCUUCAUUGGAGCAAAGUUAUAUGGUAUGGAUUCUAUCAUGGGUAUUGAUCCGCUGAUAAUAAGAGGACCUCAGAGUGUGGGCAACAGCAUUCAAUUCGAAAGUCUUUUGUGUGUCUGCGAGGUUGCGGUUAGAUCGGCAGAAGGAAAUGUCGAACACAUCAAAUUGUCAUAUCGGUUUCGUGAUGUCACAGCACAAGUCGAUAUGAACAUUGCAUUGGAUAUGGAACGAGUGGAAAACAUUCAGCUUGGGUCAAUUUUUGAUCUUGGCCGAAUUGGUUACUGCGCUGCAAGCGGAGUGCACGACAUGAAAUUCUCAAAGCUGCAACUUCGCAUUGGUACCAUGGAUGAUCCCAUCGUUUCUGGUUACUUCUCGGACGAAAAUACAAAUAAUAUCCGAUCCAUCAUCGAUAGUAUGAUGGAACUCUACAAAGGAGAUAUUGUCGAUGCAAUGCCUCUCUUUUUCGAUUCUUCAAUAAGAAAGAGUCUGAAUGCGAAACUUCCAAGUUUGCUUCAGUCGGUUGGCGACAAGUGCUCCCCUCAAACUUCAAAUGCUGACGAUAGCUUCAUUGAUUUCCGAGAUUUGUUGCUUUCUCCAGCAAUGGCUUUGGCUCUUGGAGGUUCCGGAAGCUCACCAUAUGGAGAUCUCUUCAGUACACUCUACGGAAUGUUGCAGGAAAAGAUCUUGAAGACAGGAGCAACUAAUCGUCCAUUGAUCAACGAUUUCUUUCGGGGGCUGACAGAACGAUACUCGAAUACAACUGGAUCCAUGUUUUUUGGCGGCACGGUGCUCGAACACACCGGCCGACUUCUAAUUGCAGGACUUGAUGCCACCUUUGGAGUGAAAGUAUCCGAUGUCACGAUCGACAACAUUGAUAGCGUUGGUGACCCGUUGGAUGUUUUCCGCCCCAUUUUGGGAGAGCCGAACAUGGUGAACAAUACAGUCUCCUUUGGUGUUGACAAUAGACCACUUGGUGUCUCCGGUGAUUUCUAUUGCUCAUUCCUAGAUGGUGAUGGGGUCGAUGUCCGAAACAACCUCCGCCUCGCGGUAUCCUUUGAAGAUGUGGUUAUGAUGGCCUCAAUGUUGUUGAAAAUUGUUGAAUUCAAUUUUGCUUCAUUCCCACUUCGGGACCUAACAGAUCCCCACUGCUGGCUUGCAACGGUGUUCUCCAAGUCUCCCAGUAGGAGCACACGUUUGCGUGGUCUGGAAAUGGUAGACAAUGCUUUCUCGAUUGGCAAUUUCUCGCUGGAUAUCAACUGCACAGAUUGCACGAGCCCGAACUUUGAUAAGCUACUUCUAUCACUAUAUGACUUGGGCAAUGCAACUGAAGCAGUUGACUCCAUAGAGGACAAGACAGAUAACCUUCUUGAUGCUGAUUUCCUUCAAGUUGCCUUGGAUUACCUUGUUGACGACGCAGUGACAAAGUGUCCCCAUCGCCCCGAAUAUGAUCCCAAUGCCGGCAACGAAGAGUUCCUACUUACGCCGGAAGAUUCUUUUGGUUUGCUUGAUUCCCAAGGGGGAGUGAAGAAGUCGACAGUAUUCAACGUUGCUAACUCUGUAAUUGCUGGUGGCAUCUUCAUGUGUGGUCUGCUUUAUCGAUGGUUCGUGGAGCGCCGCAAUAGAAAGUGGAUAUCAUCACUGUCACGAGAAGGCCACUACCAUCUUCAAAUGCAGAUGCAAAAGGAGAAAGAAAUGGAUGCCAUGCUGGACGAAACGACUACUUCACUUUUCCGAUCCGAAUGCAUCUCUUGCCGUGUACGAUACGGUGUCCCGUUGAUUCUUGCUAUGAAUCUUGCAAUGUUUUUGGUUGCACAUCUUGGAGUCAUUUCGGUUGUUAAUAUCGAUGCUACACUUGCUGGUCAGCCGGUCUCCAUUCAAGACUUUCUUUCUUUCACUUUCAUCGGGUCCACACAAAAAACAUUUGAAAAUGGUGGAGCCGAGAUGGUCAUUAUGCUUUGGGCAUUCACUGGCGUAUGGCCUUACAUCAAGAUCAUGCUUUCUCUCACAAUGUGGAUGGUUCCUCCUGGCCGCUUGGGCGUCAAUCGACGCGGCAGGAUUUUGCUUUGGAUCGAUGCUCUGGCAAACCUCAGUAUUGUUGACAUUUUCACCUUGAUCGUUGGCGUUGGGCUCCUUCUUGUUUUCAUUGGAGGACCCGACAAAUCCUACAUUGGGGAUGAUGCACUGUACUCACUCAAGGCUGUGGUUGUUCCACGCGCUGGCUGUUACUGCAUUGUCAUUGCGCAACGAAUUUCUCGAGCAAGUUCCCGCUUCCUACUUGAGUAUCACGAGCAAGCCAUCCAAGAAGCAACUCGAAUCCAUGAAUCCAAGCUCAGGAAGAUAGCUGCAGCUGCCCAUGACGACGAUAACGAUUCUGGAACCCUACACGCUCCGUCACCACAUUCCGACUCGGAUGAAGAAGAACCAUCACCGUUGCAACAUGGUCAAAACCGUGACGAUCGCGAAGCACCAAGUGUUCCAUCUUCUGAUGAAGAAUCAGUUGCCGAACCAACUGCUGCAUCCAAGAAGGAACGAAAAUGGGGAAUCAUUGGUGCUUAUUUCGCUGCAUUUACAAUUGUGAUUGUAUUUGUGAUUGGUGCUACCUUUGCUCCCUCCAUUUCCAUUGAUGCUACAUCCAUGGGUGGAUUGACGAUUGAAUCGGACCAAAGUCUUGAUGAGGUUGUUGGAAGUUAUGGAGUCUUUUUGGUUGUCAGUGGUCUAUUGCUCAAGGCUCGUUUCGUCUUUGACGAACGCAUUGACUACAUUGGCUUUGGACUUUUGCUGUUCGCUGGAGUCUUCUCAAUUGCAAUGGUACUGGUGAUGAAAAUCUACCUUUUCAUCCAGCGCAAACUGAAGGAGCGAAGGGAACCCCCAACGAAGGGACCAUCCUAUGGACACGAAGGAUGCGGGAUUCCUUACUACAUUCGCCUGACAAAGUGGCGUCAUAUGGAAAUUUACUUGAUUGCAGUGGCGAUUGGUAUUUGGCAGCUUGGAUCAGUGAUUUCCUAUGCUAUUUACUUCUACUGUGACCUUUUGACUAAGACUUUUGAGUUCAUGUCAUUUGUUGGCCUUGUCAAGAACGUGCCCACCGAGUGCUACAACACCCAAGCGGUCCUACCUGAGAACUUGCUGAUCAUCCUUGGAGCCUUCUUUGCCUUGAUGAUAAUAUUUGUCAUGCAAGCGAGAAAGCAGUACAAGAAGAACAUUAGCGAUAGUCUGCGAUGGAUUGACGACAAUGAUGUCCCACGCCUUUCAUUGGCUUGGAGUCAAGACAUGUCCAAGAAUUCCAAGUAUGCCCACCUGUCAUCUUCCUUGACUGCUUCCAUGUCUUGGGAUACCAACACGACUACAGACAGUGAUGUGCCGCCUUCCUCGUCCUCCUCCGGUCGAUUCACUCCUACUCCUGGUACUCCCGCGACGGAAGCUUGGACACCCGCAAGUAUGGAUCAUGACGACGACUCAUCCUACCAAUCUUCGAUUCCACAAGGUACGAAUGAUAAUGGACUACUUUAUCGAGAGACGAGUUUGGGAAGUGAGGCACUCCAGUGGUCAGCGAAUCAUCAUGGUCGUCCGCACCAAACAAUGGCUACUGCUCAAGGUGAAUCAUCAUCUACCCCCGAACGAAUCGGAAGCAUUGCUAGACGCUUGCGAUUCAACUCUUAA